GCACAUCCAAUGGAUUAAUAAAUGACAGUAGCUGCUAAUCAUUUCAACCACUAAAAACCGAUUUGAUUAUCAAAACGGAUAUUCGUGACGCUUGUUUUUUUUUCUUUGGUUCCCAGGCUAUAUAUUUGCGUCAGUGUCCACAAAUGACUGUCCUCCUAAAAUUGGUGUUUUCAGGUCUGGAUAACUAAACUAGCUAGCCACCCAAUGCUAGCUGCUUAGCUGAUACAUUUCUGUGACCUAAUUUAGCUAACGUUAGCUGGCUACUUAGCGAUAGAAAAUGUGUCGAAAAUUAAGCUUGGGUUUGGUUUUUGUAGUUAAAAAUAAUAUUGUUUGUGUGUGUCGUCAUUAGCAUUGCCGGGAUGUGUUUACUUAUUCCGUUGCAGGCACGACUUUACGCUUUGAAUCAUUUGGCUGUACUAGCAGUAGAAGGUCAAUAUUGUUGAUGCCAGCUACAGCUAACUAUAGUGGAAUACUUCUCAACAAACCGUUAGGCCUAUGCGCAAUGAGAUGUAAAGCUACUGUUAGGCUAUGCGAUAUGAGAUGUAAACAGAGUGGGGGCCUCAGCUAUCCAGAGUCACAGUUGCUCAUUAGUUAGUUAGCUAGUCAUUAGCUAACAGGAAGCCAUACCCAGUGUUGGCUGAAGUUAACUUUAUUCGAUUCUCUCCAACAAUGAUUAAGUCGAUCACUACGAAAACACCUCAAUAAUAACAGAAUACUUGGAAAUAUGGAUUUCAUGUGGACUUCAGCUAUACUACAUAAUCACCUGAUUCUACUUUCAAAAUAACAUUUUCAGACAACCGUCUUAAUUUUAGAUUUUUGCUGACAGGAAAACUUUCAUGUUUUGCUUUGGAGAGUAGGGGUUGGCUUUGGAUCAAUUGUUGAUUUUUGCAUGUGUUAUAGUUCAUUUUUUUGCAAAUAUCCUCUCACAGUAGAAAAUGAAUGGCCUAUCUGUCAGUGAGCUAUGCUGCCUGUUCUGCUGCCCUCCCUGUCCGAGCCGUAUUGCCGCCAAGCUUGCCUUCCUGCCUCCUGAGCCUACAUAUUCCCUCUUGCCGGACCUCGAUGGGUCUGCGGCACCAGGGACAGCAGGGUCUGCGGGGCUGAGAUCCAGGGGAGGGGUACCUGGAGCAGCUGUAGGGGGUUCAGGCAGCACUGGUCCUGCAGAGGGAAAAUGGAAGCUCCACCUGACAGAACGAGCUGAGUUUCAGUACUCCCAGAGAGAGCUGGAUGCUACAGAAGUGUUCUUCAGCCGCUCCAGCCGUGGCAAUCGAGUGGGCUGCAUGUACAUCCGCUGUGCCCCCACUGCCAGGUUUACAGUGCUGUUCUCCCAUGGCAACGCGGUGGACAUGGGCCAGAUGAGCAGCUUCUAUAUCGGCCUGGGCACACGCAUCAACUGCAACAUCUUCUCCUACGACUACUCCGGCUACGGUGUCAGCACGGGCAAGCCUUCCGAGAAGAACCUCUACGCUGACAUUGAAGCCGCCUGGCAGGCCCUGCGCACACGAUAUGGCAUCAGCCCAGAGAACAUAAUCCUGUAUGGGCAAAGCAUUGGCACCGUUCCCACGGUCGACCUGGCAUCACGGUAUGAGUGUGCCGCUGUGGUGCUCCACUCCCCCCUCACCUCUGGCAUGCGGGUGGCCUUCCCAGACACCAAGAAGACCUACUGCUUUGAUGCUUUUCCCAACAUUGAGAAGGUGUCUAAGAUCACGUCACCGGUGCUGAUCAUCCACGGGACUGAGGACGAGGUGAUCGACUUCUCCCACGGUCUGGCUCUGUUCGAGCGCUGUCCCAAGGCCGUGGAGCCACUUUGGGUGGAGGGGGCGGGACACAACGACAUCGAACUGUACAGCCAGUACCUGGAGCGCCUGCGCCGCUUCAUUGGCCAGGAGCUGGCCGCACAGCACGCCUGAACAGCCCCACACCGCCUCCAGGCUCCAACCCUCCUCUGGUUCCCCUCUGUUCCCCUGGGUCUAAGUGGGUCAGGAGGAAUGGAUGGCUGGGCUCUCAGAAUGAAUGAUCCUUCACCUUUUGGGGCGACUUUGUCUGGAUGCUCGGCAGCCCUGUCUUUUAGUUGUUUUCCUAUUUUUCUGUCUCUGUCACCUGUCAUUAAUCCUGGUCAGAGAAUCUAGUCCACCUCCCGCCCCUUGGACAGUGCAAGAAUUUACCCAGGCAUGGAGGGCUCUCUACCUUCUGCCUGUUUUAUUACUGUCUGUCUAAAGCCCCUCUCUAUUACCCCAGGCAUGGAGGGCUCUCUACCUUCUGCCUGUUUUAUUACUGUCUGUCUAAAGCCCCUCUCUAUUACCCCAGGCAUGGAGGGCUCUCUACCUUCUGCCUGUUUUAUUACUGUCUGUCUAAAGCCCCUCUCUAUUACCCCAGGCA